GACAAUAUAAAGAGAACGCACGAAGAGAGAAAAAAAGGGUUUCAUAUUAAAAACAAUGAAGAGCACUAACGGCGAAUCUUCUUCAUUGGGGUACAAGUUCGCCGGAGUUAACAUGGACGAUGGAAAGUCUAAGCCACCGGUGAUAUAUUCCGAUGGUUUUUUCGGAGGUCGAGACGUGAUUAAAGUCGUGUUAUUGGUCGCGACCGUCACACUUUCUUGCUUAUUAUUCUACAAAUCUGCAAAUAAUCCUCUCAACAUGGUGUCUCCAUGGAAGAGCGAUUGUUACUCUUCAAAAAUCAUAAACGAGACUUCCUUAGAAAUGGUACAAAAGAAGAAACCGGUUUCAGAAUUAGAGAGAGUAUUGAUGAAUGCAGCUAUGGAGGAUAACACGGUGAUCAUCACGGCGUUAAACCAAGCAUGGGCCGAACCAAACUCAACGUUCGAUGUGUUUCGAGAGAGUUUUAAAGCCGGAUUAGGUACAGAGAGGCUAUUGAAGCACGUGAUCGCAGUUUGCUUGGAUAACAAGGCAUAUGAUCGGUGCGUAGAGGUUCAUCCUCAUUGCUACUUGAUUAACGCCACAGAUUCAGACCAACUCUCCGGUCCAAACCGGUUUAUGACGCCUGGUUAUUUGAAACUCAUUUGGCGGCGGAUGGAUCUUCAUAGACAAGUUCUUGGCUUAGGGUACAACUUCAUCUUCACGGAUGCAGAUAUUUUGUGGCUUCGAGACCCAUUUCCCCGUUUUUUUCCAGACGCCGAUUUUCAGAUAACGUGUGAUGAUUACAACGGAAAGCCAUCGGACAAAAACAAUCACGUGAAUUCUGGUUUCACAUAUGUCAAAGCAAACAACAAAACAUUAAACUUCUACAAAUAUUGGAUCAGAUCAAGUCGAAAGUUCCCUGGAAAACAUGAUCAAGAUGUGUUCAACUUGAUAAAAAACAAGCAUUUCAUCGAGAAACUUGGAAUCAAAAUGAGGUUUUUCGACACAGUUUAUUUUGGAGGGUUUUGCCAACCAAGCCGGGACAUCAACGUGGUCAACACUAUGCAUGCUAACUGUUGUAUUGGUUUGGACAACAAAGUGAAUAAUCUCAAGGCUGCUCUUGAAGAUUGGAAACUAUAUGUAUCGUUGAAUACGACCGUGUCCGAAACUAAAUGGAACAUUCCACCUAGGUGUGGUUAUUGAAGGUUGUGAGCGUAGUCGUAGAUUUAUGAAGAUAAUUAAUUUCGUUAAGAUCAUUUCAAUGGUUAUUGGAGUUGGUUCUCGUUUUU